GCUGAGAGCCGGCAUGGAGGUUUUGCGGCUGUUGCUGAGUCCAGGGGCAGCGGUCGGCAGAGGAGAGUGUGCGACUGGGGAAGGUACCGGCCUUCUGCUGCUCGGGGAGUCAGGCUCCGGGAAGACGGCGUUGCUCUUCGCGGCGGCCCUAGUGGCAGCGGGGGAGGGCCGGGGUCCCGUGCUGUUUGUGACCCGGAGGGCCCUCCAGAGCCUGCCUCCGGCAUGGAAGGCCAGUGCCGCUAGGGACCCGCUGAGGCUCCAGAAGAUCCACUUCCUGUAUCCAGCGUCCUUGCAUGAACUGCCUGCAGCUUCUGAGCUCCAUGCACGAAACAGCAGCCCAGGCUCCGUCCCUCCUGCUUGCUGGAUGGGGCUGGAUGAGUACUUGGCAGAGGCCUCUGGACCCCAUGCGUGUGCCCACCUGGCAGCCCUGCUGGUGGACACGGUCACGCCAUUUCUCAGGCCACACGAGCAACGGCUGCGGGCUUCUGGUCACGGUGCGAGGUCCCCGCCGAGGCCGAGGCGGAGCCAGCCUCCCUCCAGCUGGCUGUGCUCCAGAGGUACUUGCCCCACGUGCCUCUGGCUGGAACCUGAGCCCCCAGACUGGCAGGAAGCAGGGGCCCCACCAUGAACAGUGCUUCAGGCCCGCCUCUCCACUGGGCCAGGCUUCCCCAAGCAGGAAUGGCGCUUGAGUUUGGAAGUGAUGGUGAGAUGGCCAUUUCCCAAGUGGCCUGCCAGGCAAUCUCAGCACCCACCUAUGAAGGCUGAGAGCGUUAGCCCCAGCUGAGAACCUCAGCCUGGGCAUGGGGGUACCCUUAAAGGACCUUGUCUCUCCCCAGCCUCAUUGCCUUUGUAUUUGAGGGCAGCUGUGUAGAGGUGAUGGGAGGCUCUGUUGUGGACUCUCAGUCCAGUUGCGUCCUCCUGUGCCACUAUUGGGUAAAUGCUGUUCAGCUAUCUAAUACCCCCAGCACUCUUCCUGUGCUUGGGCCAGGGGAUGAGGAGGGGGCCACCGAGCUCCGUUCGGCUUUUCCCUGACGGGCUGUGGGCCAGGUGUGUGGGAGCCUGGGCAAUGGAGGGGAUGGGGGAAGGGAAGGUGUCUAGAGAGCUGACACCUGCUCGGGCCUUACCACCAUCCCAGGCUGAGAUGGUCCCUGGAAGUUUGGGUGGGGGGACCGGGAGUGGGUACUUCCUUUCCCUCCAACCUCAUCCAUCCCCCCUUCUAGGAUCAUAACAUUCUGCUCUGGAAGGCACCAUGAGGCCACCAUCCUGCCCAUUACCCUGAUUUUACAGAGGAGAAAACUAAGGGCCAGAGACAGGAAGGGCGCCCCCAUCCAGUGCUUUUCUGCACCCCAGUUGCUUCCUCAGUUGCCCCUUCCACUGGCUGCUCCCUCCUCCCUCUUGGGGACACUUGGCCUCAUGGUUCUCCAGUCCCCUCUCAUAUACAAUCAAAUCCUCUUUCAUCUUUCUAUUCAUAAGAUGUG